UGUUAUAAAAAGAUCAGAACCCUCUUUUUUCUUUUCAUUUCUGGCAUCUUCCAUUUCUCUCUUCCUCUUCCUCCACUGUCACCCCCCACCUGUUGCCUCCUCCUUCGCUGAGAUGGAACCUGAACAUCGUAGAUGGAUGUAUAAUAGGAAUUAUCCUAAUCGAAGAGGGUUGAGGGAAGAAUUUGUACAAGGGGUUGAUGGAUUUAUUGAUUAUACAAUGUCGCUUUCUCCGUUUCGUCAUGAGGGCACUAUUAGGUGUCCUUGUGUGAAUUGCAAGUGCAUGAAGUUUUUAAAGCCGGAGAAUGUUAAACUUCAUCUUUAUAAAAAGGGGUUCAAAGAUAAAUAUUAUUUCUGGACUGCUCAUGGAGAGAUCGAGCCUAGUAUGGAUGAGAAUUAUCAAAAUUUUACUAAUGAGGAGGCCUUCCAGAAGAAGAGUGCCAAGGUAAAGGGUGUUCGAGCAUCUGAAAAGGGCAGCUCUUUGCACAAUGAGGGUUUAGUAACAGUGAGGACUCAGCGGAAGAGAUUGGCUUACAGGAGACCUGUAUCUUGUGAGGAAGUCCUCCAGGAGACCCACACAAAGAAAAAGAAAGAUGGAAAAAAGAAUGAGUACAAAAAGAAUUUAGAGGAGUACAUACAGAAUGAGUCGAUCGGCGAUCAAGAUGGGCCAAGCAAACCAUCUGAUAAUGUGGACAUUAGUAUUAAGGUGGUUGGUGACGUACAUAAGGAGAGAGCCUACGACGUUGGAUCAGAGUGUUCAUUCACUCGUCAGUCGCCAAGAUUGUCUGGAGCUUCUUCUUCUUCACAGUCUUUAGUGAAUGAGGAUGAGUUGGAGGCAGCGCAGAAGCAGUUAGAGGCAAUGCGGGAACAGGUAGAGAUGGAUUCAUUACGGAGACAACUACAAGAGCUGACAGAAAGGCACGAAGCAGGUCGUUUAAAAUUUGCUCAAUUUGAGAAACUAGUGCAUAAAGUCACUGAGAUGGAACAAUAACGUAGAUGGAUGUAUAAAAGGAAUUAUCCCAAUCAUGGAGGGUUGAGGGAAGAAUUUGUACAUGGGGUUGCUGGAUUUAUUGAUUAUUCGAUGUCGCUUUCUCAGUUUUGUGAUGAAGGCACGAUUCGGUGUCCUUGUAAGAAGUGUAAGUGCAAAAAAUUGUUGAAGCCGGAGGAUAUUAAACUUCAUCUUUAUGAAAAUGGGUUCAAAAAGAAAUAUUAUUUUUGGACUUCACGGAGAGAUUUUGGGUUGAACCGCAGGCUAAUCAAACAUAUAAUGAGUAUAAACUAAAUUUGGAGGACAUUCAGAAUCAGUUAACCGACAAUCAAGAUAUGCCAAGCAAACCAUCUGAUAAUGUGGACAUUUCUCUUAAGGUUGUUGGUGGCGUGCAUAAGGAGAGAGCCUAUGGCGUUGGAUCAGAAGUGUUCAUUCAGUAGUCCAUUGCCAGGAUCGCCUGUUGCUUCUUAUUCUUCUCAGUCCUCUGUGAAUCAGGGUGAAUUGGAGGCAACACAGAGGAAGUUAGAGGCAAUGUGGAAACAAGAAGAGAUGGAUUCAUUGCGGAGACAACUAAAUGAGGUGACAGAAAUGUUUGAAGCAGAUUUUUUAGAACUUGAUCGGCUGCAGAAACUAAUGCAUGAAUUCAUGCACAGUCGUCGAUCUAAUCCAGUGUCUGACACCGACUAAGAUGGCGAGAAUUAGUGUAUUGUACUUGUGAUGUUUGGAACUUUGACUUGUUUGAUUUGGUUAGAAUGUUACAUGGAUGGCGGAUUUCUCUUACUCA